AUGGCCAAGAAGAAGCCGCGCAUGGUAGCGGUGCGUUUGAUCUCGAUGGCGAUGACAGGAUACUACAAGACCUAUCUUCGCCCGCGACUUGCUCGUCCCAUGAGCAUGCUGAAAUACGAUCCCGUCGUUAAAAGACAGGUUUUGUUCUUGGAACAAAAGCGUAGUGGCAACAAAUAA